AUGGGGGAGAAGAUGGCGGAAGAGGAGUUCCCUAAUACAACUCAUGAAGGUUUCAAUGUCACUCUCCACACUACCUUGGUUGUCACUACGAAACUGGUGCUCCCGACCCCUGCCAAGCCCAUUCUGCCCGUGCAAACGGGGGAGCAGGCUCAGCAGGAGGAACAGUCAAGCGGCAUGACCAUUUUCUUCAGCCUCCUCGUCCUAGGUAUUCUCAUGGGAGCAGUUAUAAAAAUUAUAGAGUUUAAAAAAUUGGCAAAUUGGAAGGAAGAAGAAAUGUUUCGUCCAAAUAUGUUUUUCCUUCUCCUGCUUCCUCCUAUUAUAUUUGAGUCAGGAUAUUCGUUACACAAGGGUAACUUCUUUCAAAAUAUUGGUUCCAUCACCCUGUUUGCUGUCUUCGGUACGGCAAUUUCCGCUUUUGUAGUAGGUGGAGGAAUUUAUUUUCUGGGUCAGGCUGAUGUAAUCUCUAAACUCAACAUGACAGACAGCUUUGCAUUUGGCUCCCUGAUUUCUGCUGUGGAUCCAGUGGCCACUAUUGCUAUUUUCAAUGCGCUUCAUGUGGACCCAGUGCUCAACAUGCUGGUGUUUGGAGAGAGUAUUCUCAACGACGCCGUCUCCAUUGUCCUGACCAACACAGCUGAAGGUUUAACAAGGAAAAAUAUGUCAGAUGUCAGUGGGUGGCAAACAUUUUUACAAGCCCUUGGCUACUUCCUCAAAAUGUUCUUUGGCUCAGCAGCACUCGGCACCCUCACUGGCUUAAUCUCUGCACUAGUGCUAAAGCAUAUUGACUUGAGGAAAACGCCUUCCUUGGAGUUUGGCAUGAUGAUCAUCUUUGCUUAUCUUCCUUAUGGGCUCGCUGAAGGAAUCUCGCUCUCGGGCAUCAUGGCCAUCCUGUUCUCGGGCAUCGUGAUGUCCCACUACACGCACCAUAACCUGUCCCCGGUCACCCAGAUCCUCAUGCAGCAAACCCUGCGGACCGUGGCCUUCCUGUGCGAAACAUGUGUGUUUGCAUUUCUUGGCCUGUCCAUUUUUAGUUUCCCUCACAAGUUUGAAAUUUCCUUUGUCAUCUGGUGCAUAGUACUUGUACUGUUUGCCAGAGCGGUGAACAUUUUCCCUCUUUCCUACCUCCUGAAUUUCUUCCGUGAUCAUAAAAUCACACCGAAGAUGAUGUUCAUCAUGUGGUUUAGUGGCCUGCGGGGGGCCAUCCCCUACGCGCUGAGCCUGCACCUGGACCUGGAGCCCAUGGAGAAGCGGCAGCUCAUCGGCACCACCACCAUCAUCAUCGUGCUCUUCACCAUCCUGCUGCUGGGCGGCAGCACCAUGCCCCUCAUCCGCCUCAUGGACAUCGAGGACGCCAAGGCGCGCCGCAGGAACAAGAAGGACGUCAACCUCAGCAAGACGGAGAAGAUGGGCAACACCAUCGAGUCGGAGCACUUGUCAGAGCUCACAGAGGAGGAGUAUGAAGCCCACUACAUCAGGCGGCAGGACCUCAAAGGCUUCGUGUGGCUGGACGCCAAGUACCUGAACCCCUUUUUCACGCGGCGGCUAACUCAGGAGGUGGGACACUGGCCCGCGCCCCCCAGCUGA